GUGUGUGUGAGUGUGUGUGUGUGUGAUCCUGAGCACCUGGCUACUACUCCUUCAGACAAGGCAGGAAAAGAACGAGGGAUUGAUGUCUCUGAGGAAGAAGAGAAUAAGUGAGGGAGGCGAGGAGAAGAAGGAGAAGAAGAGAAUAGAGGGAGGCGAGGAGAAGGAGAAGAAGAGAAUAGAGGGAGGAGAGGAGGAGAAGAAGAAGAGACGCUCGUUGGGCUCGUUUCUCAGCCUCAGGAGGAAGUGGUCAGAGGACGGACAGGACAGCUUCCUACUGAGGACGCUCAGCAGCCGGACAAGCCAUGACCCAGUGCUGCCCCCUGUUGGUGAGCAGGCCCAGUUGUGCGCGGAGCUCGGUGGAACCGAAGGUUCCGAAGUGGAGUCUGACCCCGAGGAGCUGGGUGUCACCGUCAUGGAGAAGUUGGAGCAGGUUCUGAUGGACGGAGCCAGUGGAUCCCCAGAGCAGAACCCUGGUAGCCUGCUGGAGGCCUGGAGGCAGAAGAACCCUGUUCCUGCCCCAGGUCAGGGCAGCAGGGCAGGCAGAUACCCACAGCCCUGGCUUGGUCAGUUCCAGCAGCGGGUGCAGCAGUCUGUGGAGCUGCACUUCCCCUCUCUGCCAGCAGAGGUCAGUGCUACGCAGCAGCCCCCCCAGCCCAGCGCGUACCUGAGGCAGGUGCAGGAAGUGGUGCAGGGGGAGCUGCUGCGAUUGGCUCCUGUGCUCAAGGAGGCGGGGCUGCUUGGCACUGUGAUUGCCAGGUACCACACCCACACAGUCGGCCAGCUGGAACUGCUGCUGCAGAAGAACCUGAACGCAGACCAGACGUUCACAGUGCUGGAGUGGACACUACACACCUAUCUGAGCGGUGAUCUUCUGGGCCACAGAGACCUGCACAGUGAUGUCACAAACCACAUCGACUUCCUACUUUACACAGAGUGUGUACAGAGGACCUGCGACCUUCUCCUCAAAACUGCUGCGGGGGAGAUGGAAGUGUGUCUGCAGCACAUCCUGUCGGUGGGAGGGUAUGAGGAGACACAGAGAAGCCCUGUUGAGGAGGCUACCCAGUGUGUGAAGAGUUUUGUGCGGAGAGCUCAGGAGUUGAGUCCCACCCUGGAGCCUCGCCUGCGGCCACUCCUCUCCGCCCAGCUACAGGAGUGUGUGCAGAGGUACGUAGCCAUGGAGAAGAAGCAUCUGUGUCAGACGGGUCUGAAGUACCUGUACAGCACAUGCAACACCUGUGCAGAGCUCAGGCUGCUAGCGGUGCAGUUAGCAUCUGAGGCUCAGUCUGAUGCUGCUUCUCCUGCUGCUGUGAAGCUCUUAAAGGAGCUGGAGGCACAAGCCACACAACAGCUGCUGCACACAGCCACACACAACACAGAGGCUCCUCUGAAGACCUACUUUAAGGCGGCGGGGGAAGGAGAUUUAGGGCUCCAGACCACGACUGGACAGCUGUUUACUCAUUUAGCACUGGUCAACGACAAGGACACGCACAGGGACCUAGUGUACUCAGUCUACCAGUGCAUCACUACCUCGUACCUGCGACACCUGUUGCUAAGCAACCGCAGUCAGCUGGAGGGGAGGUGGGGGGAUUCUGCGGAGAAAGUGAGACGGGAUGCUGAGGAGCUACACACCACCUUCACACAGCAGGAUGGUGAAGUGCAAAGGUGUGUGUUGCUGCAGAGGGUGAGUGAGGUUCUAAAGAGCAGUGGUGUGGACACACUGAAGCUAAUCCUCACCGAGAUCAUCACAGAGUGUCCACACAUCAGUAAGGAGCAGCUGAGUGCCCUGCUGAAGUGGAAGGGCCGCUUGUCCAAGCAGGAGAUGAGCGAGGUGAUGGACGCGGUAUCAGAAUGUUCGCCCCAAACGGCCUCUCCUGUCUCGGCACUGAGCGAGCCGCCACUCAAAGCCACGUCCCCAAGCCCCGCCCCUCUCUGGUACCGUGCUCUGCCCUGCCUACGACCAUCAAUUAUAGCCUGAGGAUCUCUGAUGCCACGCCCUGUCUUAUCUCAGACAACCAAUCACAGCCUUAGGAUUUUAUCUGCCACGCCAUGUCUUGUCUAAGACAACCAAUCACAGCUAUAUACAACUUCCACAGCUAGCUCUGUGUUAGUACUGUUAGCUCUGUGUCAGUAAUGUUAGCGCUGUGUUAAGCUUUGCAAUACGCUUCACUUUGUUAAGGUGACCAGAUUCUGUGACAUAAUCCGGGGACAUUUUCAGCUUAGAAGCGUAACUACAUCCAAAUCUGUAAUGUUUUUUGUCUUUGUAAACUUAAAACGGGGACACUGCCCUAAUCAUUCAUAAAGUAGUUUGUCUUACCCUAGUUCAGGUAUCAGCCAGACGCAUAACCCAAAUUAAGGCCUCCUUACACCAUACCAUUUUCACAAGAUCUGGGGAAGAUUUUUAAAAGACUGUAAUCUUUUGAGUAAAGCUUGAGUGGGGGCAUUAGUUAAAAACUCAAGCCUUAUUUGUCAACGACCCAGCAAAGGGCAAAGAUUCUAUCGCCUAUCAAAAUACCGGAAAUAUGGGCAUUCUAGAACAUCUAUGAGCUGAGUGCUUACUCUGGCUGUCUUGAGCCUGUGUGUGUAGGGUGAGCAGCUAUCAUAUACAGUGGGCAUCGCUUUCAAAUGGCCACUUCA